UGACGUAGCCGUGUAGGCUUAGCUAGUUUCCUCAACCAAACAGUCAAGUGAUAUUGUGAGAAAAAGCUGGUUUGCCGGUAGACAGAGGGGCUUUGUACCCAGGAUAAGAGGCACUCAAACCGAGCCGCUCUCAUUGUCGCUACCCGACUCUGUCCCCGCUGCUCUGAAACCUGUCCGACUGGAGAAGAAGAAGACGGCGACAAGUAGACUGCUCAUAAACGCACCGAAGAAGGCUGGUAUUUAUUUUGCAGUGGCUGUCGAAAGGCGGGGAAUACAAAGCGACGUGCGGUCAGAACCUGUACUUUUUGGACUUGUUCAAGCAAGAACACGGGGUCUUUUUCUGCGAAAACAGUUCGUGCUGCUGUGACUAGUCAGCGGUAGUACAUGGAUUAUCUGUGUUUCCGGGCACUGUGCUGUAAAGGACCCCCGCCACCGAGACCCGAGUAUGAUGUGGUAUGCGUUGGCCUGACAGGUGCUGGAAAGACCAGCCUGCUCUCACACCUCUGUAGUGAGGGCAGUGACCACAUUGUUCCUACAACAGGUUUCAGCAUCAAAGCAGUGCCAUUUCCAAAUGCCAUCUUGAAUGUAAAAGAACUGGGAGGAGCUGACAACAUCAAGAAAUAUUGGAGUCGUUACUACCAGGGGUCACAAGGUGUAGUCUUUGUAUUGGACAGUGCGUCAUCAGAUGAAGACCUUGAAGCGGCACGAAACGAGCUCCACUCAGCUCUACAGCACCCACAGCUCUGUACACUGCCUUUCCUCAUCCUUGCCAACCACCAGGACAAGCCUGCCGCAAGGACGCCAAACCAGAUCAAAAAGUACUUUGAACUGGAGCCACUCGCCCGGGGGAAGCGCUGGAUCUUGGAGGGCAGCUCCACCGAUAACAUGGAGGCAGUGAAGGAGAGCUUCGGUCAGUUCAUUAGUCUGCUGGAGGACAAAGACACAGAGCCUGCGAGGAUAUGAUGAUGAUGAUGAUGCUGCUUCUGCUGCUAAUGUAGAGACAUUAGUGGCCCGAUGACAAAGAAAUGCCACAUUGUGCUGGUGCCCAUCGUCACACUCACAAACACAUGGAAAUACUGCAGAUGUCAGCCCCCUCUCCGUCUGAAAUGUGUAUUGUAUGUUAUGCUACUUUCACUGUGGUCUCGUUUUUUCUUUUGUUUUGUUUUUUCAAAUCGCAAGACGGAGCAAGUCAACAGUUCAGCCACUGCACAACCCAACAGAGGAGAGGCCCCAGCGAAGCUGCCCAGUGUGAAACAGUUUGUCAAGAAAAAUCAUCGAACUCUUCACAGAUUUGGAAAUGUUGUUCAGCACUGUUUGUGGCAUUGUAAUUAAGUGGCGUAUGGAAUUCCUCAUCAGUGGACAUUCCUAAUCUCACACACACACACACACACACACAGACAUAUUGGCUGUAGAUAUGUUUAAGGUCUCCACUAAUUACAUUUCAGGAUGUUUGGGUAGGCACAGUCGAUAUUCUUCCCACUGAGAAGAACUAAAUGUGUGCUUUGUUCCUUUCUGGCCUGGUAAUAACCAAUGUUGCCGUUCGAUUGGAGUGCAUCAUCCGAAGCCUUGUGUUAUGUACGGUGGUUACAUAUUGAUGUGUCACACUAUAUCUGAGUAUCUAAUCUGAAUAGUGUAGUACUACGACUUACCAUGUGACUAAGUGCUACAGUAGGUGACUUAAUGGCAGAGUCAGUCCAUGUGAGAAAAAGUCUUGAAUUUUUUUUUUUAUAUAUAAAAAUGUACUUGGGUAUAUUUUAUAGCUCUGUGUGCUAGCAACAUAGAGCUCGAUUUUUUUUAUCUAUAUAUCAUCAUACCACUCAUUCAAAAUAAAAGACCAAAUGAAAAGAACGACGACACAUGAUCGAGUGGAUGGGGCCACGAGGUAGAGAAGACGUACUGAAUUUAGAUUCAUUUCAAUGUUUAUUUUGUUCUUCUACAUUUUGCUUUCUCUCUCUCUCUCUUUCUCUCCCUCUCUUUUGAAUUUGACACAAUCCCUCGCAGCACUGGCCCGCGACUCCAGCCUCCCGUCAGGGUGGAAUACAAUCUCUAUCAAUCAGCCACAGCAACAGCUGCAUCUGACAAGUCCCUGUCCAACACCCUAAUGCCUUCCAACUGUCUGUCUGUGUGUGUGUGUGUGUGUGUGUGUGUGUGUGUGUGUGUG